CCCCUGCCCCAAAUAAAUGUUCUGUGAAAGCCUUUAAAUGUGUUUUAUUAUCACUUUAUAUAGAUCAGAUGUCCUCGUGACGCUCUCAAUUAUUACUGACACGCAGAAAAUAACUAUUUCUUUUGUUAACCAUAUUAACUACGUAACUUGAGUUUAAACUAGACUCGUCCGAGCUCAUCGACAGCAAAUCUAAAAGAAAUGUCGCGUUGUUUGAGACGCGUAAAACCAAAAUGCAAUAAAAUUCGGUGGAUGUUUAUACCGGCUUUUCCUGUCCCCACCCCAAAAAAGCACCUCGUCCUGAUUGCGCACACCUGUCUGUAAGGUAAGGGCGACGGAAGCGAGGUUCGGCCGGAGACUCUGAACUCUUCUCCAGAUUAUAUUUAUUAUGGCGACGCCUGUUUUUAAAUGUGGCGCGCGCUGCUCCCUGCUCACAUCCUUCAUGGUGCUCGCGCUUAUCCGCCUGUCGCUUACAUCACGCUACAGCUUUGAAAACGAGUCUGUCGAGCCCGACGUGUCCAUGCACCAUGGGAAUAUCCUGAGCCCUUUGCUGAAGGCUCUAUCAGAGCAGAACCCAUGGGGAGACUUCACACCACGAGCCAAACCGGACUCCAGAUAUGUGCGCUACAUGAAGAGACUCUAUAAACUAUCAUCCAAACCGGACAGGAGUCCCGAGGCCUCUCACCUGUACAACACUGCCCGCCUGAUCACGCCUCGAGAGGAGUGUCUCGAGCAGAACCGAGAGCUCUUCAUGCAGGACAUCUCCUACAGUCUGACUCGAGUGAGGUCUCAGGAGCAGCUGCUGAAGUCGGUCCUGCUUUACUCUUUCGACCACAACCACAUCGCCUCCUUCACAUCGCUCUGCUAUCUCGACGUGAAAGAGCAGAAGCCCUCGAAGGAUCAGAUGUGUUCUCCUCACUUCGGCACGCAGCAGUCGGUCCCUCUUCUCAGCUUCCGCGUCCACACUGACAGAAGAGUCCGCCGCCGCUGGGUGGAGCUCGACGUGACCUCCUUCCUCCAUCCUCUCAUCCAAGCCCAUAAGAAAGACAUCCAUCUGCUCAUAAACCUGACAUGCGUUGAAGACAAGAUCCCUAGACCCGGAGGCCGGGUUCAUAAGAGCCCGGUGGAGUUAACUCACAGAUCUCCGUCUCUUCUUCUGUACCUCAAUGACACCAGCGAGGUUGCGUACCAGAGAAGAGCCUCAGGAGGCCGGAUGGUAGACCUGAUGUCGAACCAAUGGGAUGGAAAGUCUACAUGGUGGGAUUCAGUUUCACGAAAGAAACGAGGCACGUUAAAAAGCACCAGCUCGCCGGAAACCAGCACGCCCAAACUCGUCCCAAUGUACGACUUCCCCACGGAUGACUGUGACUUGCACGAUUUCAAAGUGAGCUUCAAUCAGCUCAAACUGGAUCACUGGAUCAUAGCGCCUCACAAAUACAACCCGAGGUACUGUAAGGGGUCUUGUCCGAGAGCUGUGGGAUAUAUUUACGGGUCUCCGGUGCACACGAUGGUUCAGAACCUCAUUUACGAGAAGCUGGACUCCUCUGUGCCUAGACCUUCAUGUGUGCCUUCAGAAUAUAAUCCGUUAAGUGUUUUGACCAUUGAGAACGACGGCUCCAUCGCUUACAAGGAGUACGAGGAAAUGAUUGCUACCAAAUGCACCUGUCGAUAAGAGGUUUUUUUGUGAUGCAUUGCUUUGUAAAUCACUGACCUGUUUUUUUUUUUUUUGCACUGGCCAUUCUUAUAAUGAAGAUGAUUAAUGACUCGAAAACGUUUCAGAUAAUGCACGGCGAUGUUUUGUUUAACAUUACCUUUUUUUUUUUAUCUGAUUCAGUAAUGCUUAGAAUAUAUUUUGUUGUUUACUUAAACACUUUUUUUCUUCUUCUGUAUAAUAGUUAUAUAUUGGGGUGUUUAAUUGACUUAAAGGAUUUUUUUUUUUUUUUUUUUUUUCCAGUUAUGUUAUUUUAAGUUUAGUCCUUUAGGUUGGUGGUCUUGUCUCGCACUCUCUAUUCCUUAAAUAAGAAUGGCAAGAUUUUAACACUUCUAGUUCUGGACAGAAUAUAAAAAGUGUAGUUCUAUUGUCUUAUCAGAACCCUUUUACAUUGUUUUUUUUAAAACCUGGGAAUUGUAGACGGUUGUCUCGUGGGCAACCUCUCUCUUCUUCGUGUCCAGAAAAUAAGUUGCCUUAACUGUGGGCAACUUGAUGUGUGUUUAUAAAGAAAGUAAUAGAUUAGGAUGUGUGUCACAUGACUAUUUAUGUCAUUUAUGUCUGUGUAAUUUGGUCAGGCUGGCUUUGGUUUCACAAAAAAAUGCUAAGAUAAAAAAAUCCCAUAUGAA